UCUCUCGUGCAGCCGCUGAGGGCGGGAAAGCUGAGGUGAGGCAGCUCGAAGGGCGAGGACGCGGUGGCGUCAGGACGAUGGAGUUCUCGGAGAGAGAGGAGAAGCGUUCUUCUUUGCACUUGGAGAAGCAUGAGCUCUGUUCAAGAGGCUUUUUAGUGACCUUCGACAUUCGAAGGCCAGAACCCGCCCUCAAUAACCCGCCUCGUAGUGCGGCGUGGAGGCCAAACGAACGUCUAUUCUCCAGCACGCAGUGUUGUGAUAAGAGAUGUUCUACCAAUUUAUGAGAGAUUGGGAGUUAAAAGAAGUUUCAAAUUAUCAGAUUGUUUGCUUAUGGAAGGUAGAGAAAAGAAAUUGGAUUGGGUGGCUUCUACAGGACAUUCCUUUGAAACUAUUAGAGCUCAGAGAUAGCUUGAAGCAAACAUUCCAACUCUGUGAACUUCAGCUUAGGCAUAAAUUUCAGGUUGGCUUCCUAACAUUAAAGAGAAAAUGCUGCUAUCAGUGACUUCGAGGCCUGGGAUUUCGACUUUUGGCUAUAACAAGAACAACAAGAAGCCAUAUGUGUCAUUGUCUCAGCAGAUGGCACCACCUAGUCCAAGCAACAGCACCCCUAACAGCAGCAAUGGGAGCAAUGUAAAUGACCAGCUGAGUAAAACCAACCUCUACAUCCGGGGAUUGCAGCCAGGCACUACUGACCAGGACCUAGUCAAGUUGUGUCAGUCAUAUGGCAAGAUUGUCUCCACUAAGGCCAUAUUGGACAAGACCACAAACAAAUGCAAAGGCUAUGGCUUUGUGGACUUUGACAGUCCUUCAGCAGCACAGAAAGCUGUAACAGCACUGAAAGCCAGUGGUGUGCAAGCACAGAUGGCAAAGCAACAAGAGCAGGACCCCACAAAUCUAUACAUAUCAAACCUCCCACUGUCAAUGGAUGAGCAAGAACUGGAGGGAAUGCUGAAGCCUUUUGGCCAGGUUAUCUCCACUCGAAUCCUUCGAGACACCAGUGGGACCAGCAGAGGGGUUGGCUUUGCAAGGAUGGAGUCCACAGAGAAGUGUGAAGCCAUCAUCACCCACUUUAAUGGAAAAUAUAUUAAGACACCCCCUGGAGUACCAGCCCCAUCUGAUCCCUUGCUUUGCAAAUUUGCUGAUGGGGGUCCAAAGAAACGACAGAACCAAGGAAAAUUUGUGCAAAAUGGACGGGCCUGGCCAAGGAAUGGAGACAUGGGUGGUUUGGCCCUGACCUAUGAUCCUACCACAGCUCUUCAGAAUGGGUUUUACCCAGCUCCUUAUAACAUCACCCCCAACAGGAUGCUUUCUCAAUCUGCACUCUCACCGUACCUUCCGUCUCCUGUGUCUUCCUAUCAGAGAGUAACUCAGACAUCUCCUCUUCAAGUACCUAACCCGUCUUGGAUGCACCACCAGUCAUACCUCAUGCAACCUUCAGGUUCAGUUCUGACACCAGGGAUGGACCAUCCCAUUUCUCUCCAGCCUGCCUCCAUGAUGGGACCUCUUACCCAGCAACUGGGCCAUCUCUCCCUCAGCAGCAUGGGCACGUACAUGCCAGCAGCUGCAGCUGUGCAAGGAGCUUAUAUCUCUCAGUUCACCCCUGUGCCUUCUUCCAGUGUUUCACUUGAGGAGAGCGGCGGCCAGCAAAGUCAAGUGACAGCGGAAGCUCCCUCAGACCAUGGCGUCUAUUCUUUCCAGUUCAACAAGUAACAGUGGAUUUCCCUCCCCAUCUUUGUUGAAUGCAAAUGAAUUCUUGGAGAGGCUGAUGCUCCGGACUCCAGAGGGCUGCCCAGGAAUAGAGCCCCUCUGUGGGCCCUGCUGAGGACUAACACUUGGCCAGCGGUGUUCACAGGCCGGGGCCUGGAAAAAGAAAUCUCUGCUCUCCUGCCCUCUGUUCUUCCUCUGCUCCUGGUGGAGCCUGGGGCAGCUGUCACUUUUGUGUGUCUUAUAGUCAAGGAGAUCAAAAGAACUUUUUUCUUUUGUGAAGAAAGUUUUAUGUUUUGUUUUUAACUGCAAUAUACUCUUUCCGUACCCCAAAGAGACAUGGUGCCUGGAGCUUCUUCUCAUCUUUAUGAGAAAUAGUUUUUGAUGUAUUAGACUUAUUUGGGAAGGCGUUUUUAAAAAAUUGUUACUUUUUAAAAAGGAAAGGAAAGGUGUGGUGCUAGAACAUUGAUGAAAGAGUCGACUGUGAGCCCUUCUGACUAAGUUUAGUUAAUGACUUGGCGGGGGGGUGUAUGUAAGAAAAUAUGCAGACUUUUAAAAUCUUGUUUCAUAGAACUCUUAGCUCACACAUCUCAUCUCUUCUUCACACACAUUUUAUGCCUUCUUUCUCUGUUCGAGAUUGUUCUUUUUCUCUUUUUCAUACAGCAAAACCUGCCUACUCUGCUUCUUUAUAGUUUUUAAUUUUGUGAAUUUCUUUUGAAUGAAAUUUCAUAUGGAAGUCUAGGGGGCUGGGCAAGGAACAAGGUAGAACACUCAGCAGGCUGGGAGGGGCUUUUCCUCCCUCUGCCCUGCCUCUAGAAGCCAUCCUUGAUCCAAAUACAGAUGAAGACUAGGUUUUCCCUGGUGAGUUCCAGAGGAAUGGACCUAGUGACUUCUUCUUCUCACUGCUGAGGCCAGCACCCCCUGAGGAAAGGUCUUCUCUGGCCUCAGCUUUUCAGGAAUAUCUGCUUUUCUGCUUCCUGGAGGAUCUUUUCUGCCCUGGGUCUCAGGGCCUUUCUCUUCCCUGUCACACAUUGCUGUGCUCAGAGCCUUUUCAUUUGUGACCUUGCUGAAUCCACUUAGGUUCCCCUCUGUGGAGGGUCAGCUGCUUCCCCUUUAGACCAGUGAUUUCGAAGGAGGUCGUUUUGUCCCCUGAGGCCAUUUGGCAAUCUCUGGAGACAUUUUUGAUUGUCAUGCCUGGGCGUGGAGGCUGUGUGCUACUGGCUGGAGAUCAGAGGUACUGCUAAACAUCCAGCAGUGCUCAGAGAGCCCCACCUCCCAGCAAAGAAUCCUCUGGCUCAAAAUGUCAGUAGUGACAAGGUUGAGAAAUCCUGAGUAGAAGUGUUGUCCCUGCCUCCCGUACCAGAGGACAGGUAAAUUCCCAUCCUAGUCCUGGACACACAUCCCUUUGACACCCAGGCAGCUGGUUGAGAGGGACGGACUGAGGUCCUUGAAUUUACCCCAGGCUUUGAGCUUGGCACCUCUGUGUACAGCAAGAGCUUCUUUGAAAAGUUUGUGCUGUUGUGCACAUGCCACAGGCACACACACACUCAGAGCUAUCAGGAUGGGGACUGUUCGGUGGGUGCUGUGCAGGGCAGGAGAGGACAGAGCUCUUUGUUAAUUGUCCAGAGCAACCUGCCCUGGUGUGUUUGGGCCCCUUUUCCAGGGAGCUAGGAUAGAAAAGGUCCAUAAAUCCCUUUUCACUAUCUACAUGGUCAGGAGUCCUUCCCCCAAAAAGGCUCUGUUUUGCUCUUUAACUCCGUCGCCUCCAAGACCUGACUCUGCACAUGGAGACAGGUAGGAGGAAACUUGUGCCCAUCUUCUAGAAAAUAAGAUCUUGUGCCGUCUCUUCCCAGUCAUUCCUUCUAUACUGAAAGGAGGGUUCUGCUCCCCUUCACUUCAAGGUCAGGUGCCUUUCCUCCAGUCAGUCAGACAGAAAGCUGGGUGAUGGAGUACAGAGCACCAGGGCCUUCCAUGAGGCCGGCUGUAGGGAGAGGGCGAUGAUGCUGGGUGGGAAGAAGCUGUGGUAUCAGUUGUACAUUGAGCUUGGGCCCCACUUUCCCUUCCCUCCACCCACCCCAGAGUUGAGAGUCCCUGUGCCUCAAGUGUCCUUUUGUACAUCCCUGGGGCAGGGCUUGGGAACAAUAUGUAGGACAAAAAGUGUAAAGGACAAAAUUGCCGCUAUUAAUUUUCUCAUGGGUACUUCCAAUCUCAGGAUUUCCCUAAUGUCAAACAGCCCCAUGCCCAGUAACCUUCUAGAAGGGUUUGUCUGGGCAGGUAGCUCUUGUUUCUGAGCUGUCUCUAGCCCUUAGUGAAGCCCAUAGAUUUCUUGCAGUGGCCUUGAAGAAAAGGAGAAGAAUCUAGAAUCCUAGUAACUUAAUCCAUAGUAGUUUGGGGAAGCCUUGCUUUGCUAGGUUUAGUGAAAUUAGGGCCUUUCAUGUGUAGAAACUGUUCAUAUCACUGCUGCCCCUCCUCUGCCUUCCAGAAUUCCUAGUUCUGUCUACUUUCUCCAUAUUUAAAUGUUUAUAUGGCUGUGGUUUUCUUUGUUUUACAAUUCCAAAGUUACUUUUUGUGUGUUCUCUUCAUGUGAAUCUGCAUAAUGGAUUCUGUUAGGAGUUCUGGUUUGGGCAGGCUUGGGCAUGGGAAAUGAUGGAGAGCCUGGAGUUAUUUUUGAAGUGGUUCAUGGCAUCGUGGAAUUUCAUUUGGGUAUUUUGGGGAUACACUCAUGAUAUUUUUUCCCUAGUUGUUCUUUUUUUUUUUUGGGUGCACCCAUGGCAUGUGGAAGUUCCCAGGCCAGGGAUCGAACUUGCACCACAGCAGUGACACCACCAAACCCUUAACCCACUCUGCCACAAGGGAGCUUCCUUUAAGUUCAUUUUUAACAAUUCUUAACAUGGGUGAGUGAUUGGAGAAAGGAGAGGAGGAAUGAGGGAUAUUUUUUUUCUCAUGAAAUAGUGCAAUGGUGGAAGAGUAAUUGUGGAGAGUAGCCUUCAAGCUCACAGCCUAGAGCUGGGCUCUUUAAGCACUAUGGCUGUGAAGUACCCACUUGGUAAUAGCAGGUUAAGGAGUCAGCAUUGCCACAGCUGUUGCAACUGAGGCACAGGUUUGAUCCCUGGCCUGGGAAUCUUUUCAUGCCACAGAUGCAGCCAAAAAUCCACCCACCCCACCCCCGCAACAUCAUAAGCUCUGUCUUCUUGGAGCCCAGGUCAUACCCUCUCUGUACUUCACAUUUCACCCCCACUCAUUACAGAUGCUCACAACAGUCUUAAAAUAUUCUAGUACUUUGUGUUUUUCUAUUUUCAGUCAAAUAGAACGUAUCAGAAUCCCUCUCUCAGAUGAUGUAUUCCUUUACUAGGCUCAGAGCCUGUUUGUCCCAUCUCAUACUAGUGCUAUUACUGUUCCCUUCUCAACUCUGAGAUGACACUCAACCCUGAGGCUAAUUAGACUUUUUGGAAGAGGAUGUAGGUCGAGGUUAGGGAAGAUGUGGAAAUGAUGAUGGGGAGACAUGUUGUUUUUAAAGAGUGUUUUUAACCAAAGAAUUUGGAGACACCCAGACUAGGAAGCCUGGUGCCUCUGAAGAAGUAAUAAAUAGCCCUUGUCAGUAACAGAUGGGGUUCGCAGGGGACAUUGCUUGCACUGAGGGUGACGACUAGCCUUUGCUGCCCUACCAACCUCCCUCACAUUGGGCCACCUCAGCCCAGUUCCAUUCUUCCUUUCCUGACUCAUCACUGAGCUCAUUCGGCCCUUCAGUGUCUGCAGUGCUCAUUCUCUGCCACUUGAGUGUCAUCCUUUUGGGGGCCCACUCCAAAAAGGCGCAGUGAGAACCCUUCCUGGAAUAGAAUGAUCCAGGGAUCCCGACAGUAGAAUCUAUGAGGGGGCGGAAAUCUGCUCUCUUGUGCACUUGCCCCACCUUCUGGGAGAGCAGCAGCAUUGCAUUUAUGAGAGGGCUGCUUUGACCUUCUCUGCCUAGAGCAGUAAACUUGCCUGGGAGACCAGGUCUAACUAAACCUGUCCCCAGACUUGCUAGAUCGGCUCAGAGAGGGUGGGUUAUUAUGAAAGUCAGUCUGUAAGGACUAGCUCUUAAAUCUUGUGCCUUAUCACACUAAUCCUUCCUCAUUCCCUCUUAAACUAACUACUCCAUUUCUGUGCUACUACCUUUAGGCCCUUCCAAGCAUUAGUUGAACCCUCAGGUUUACUCAGCUUACCCACUCCUUUUGUAGAAUGGUCUUCCUGCAGCAACUGAGACAGGCCUGUGAGCUCUAUCACCAUUCCCACCUUUGCUCAAUGCUGUACCUCCCUAGGGGUGGUCCCCAACUAUAGUAAUGAGAAAGCUAGGUGCCGUCUCACCCCACUUAGCACUGCUCCUUCUCUCUGGCCUAUCCACUUCCAUUUUGAAUAAACCUUCAUUCUCCAGACACAUCCCCAGAUCUUCCUUGUCCUUGUUACAGAUCUACCUCACAGUGUUACAGUUCAACAAGGGCACAAGCACCUGGUUUACUCUUUCCUUCCUUUACUCUGUUUUUCCCUUCAUGAAGGUUAGGAAGCUGGGGGCUAGAAAGGGCUCAUAGUCAAAUGUAAAAACUCUUUUGGUUAUUUCUUUUUUUUUUUUUUUAAUCACUGCUACAAACCCAUGCCCUAUUUCAUGAGUGCAUUUAAGAUUAAAUAAUUUUUUAUUCCAUUAACUUUGUCAGUCUUUUUUUUUUUUUUUUGGCUUUUUGUCUUUUUAGGGCUGCACCCAUGGCGUAUGGAGGUUCCCAGGCUAGGGGUCUAAUUGGAGCUACAGCUGCUGGCCUACGCCAGAGCCACAGCAACGCCAGAUCCAAGCCACGUCUGCGACUACACCACAGCUCAUGGUAAUGCCCACUGAGCGAGGCCAGGGAUGGAGCCCGCAACCUCACCUAGUUGGACUGUUUAUGCUGUGCCACGACAGGGACUCCUCUUUUGGUUAUUUCUACUUCUGAAAUAUCUUACGAGAUUUUUACCUCAUUUAUCACUCCAGAAUAGUGUAGACUCUUCAGUUAGGUUUUGCUGUGGUAGGCCAGGGGGUAGGGUAGCCCAAGUAAUAACUACCUAGGAUAUUAACUAAUGCUUGGAAGGCACCCCCAGGAACAAUGACACUGGAGCAGAGCUCAGAACCUGAGAGGCUGAGAGAGUUGGCCAGUUAGUGGCUGUCAUUCUGCUGAGAAGGUAAGCAUGCACUCAGGGCUGAAAGCAGAGAUGUUCCUUCUCCACCUAUUCAUUAGUUUAAUUUGUCACCAAACAAAACCUCCAGUCUGGAGGGUGAUAAGCUUUCCUAGCCUAAGUAAAGAAAGUUCUCCCUCAAUUACUGAUGCCCACAUCCCAACACACACCUUUUUUUGACUGCUCUCUCGCAUGCACUUACUACCUUGGACAGCAAGUUUGAUUUAGACUCAAACGCACAUUUUGUAGUUUGUGUUCCUUUAUCCAGAGUUUACUAGUUUUACAACUCCUGCCAUGUCUAUGCCAAUGCCACCCAUUGUUCUUUUUCUGACUCUUGGUAUUCUCAUGUUCUUUGCCUACAAUUUGGUAUAGCUUUAUCUUCUUUCAACUUUUACUCUGAAAUAAAACACGAAAGUCUA